CCCGGCCCCGCCGCUGCCCCGGCCCGGCGGCGGCGAUGGAGCCCGGCCCGGGCCCGGCUUGAGCCGCGAUGCGAUGGAGAAACUGGCGGCGGGGCUGGCCCGGCUCCGCUGGAGCCCCGCGGCGCUGCCCCUCGACGCGAUCGUGAGCCAGUGCCGGCUGCCCACCCUCGUGUGCCUGGGGCAGGGCGAACGUGUGGAGGGUGUCAGUGCCCAGGACGUGCUGCUGGUCCACUCGUGCCGGCAGUGGACCACGGUGACUGCUCACAGCCUGGAGGAGGGACACUACGUCAUUGGCCCCAAGAUCGACAUCCCGCUCCAGUACCCAGACGAAGGUGCUGAGAUGCUGGCGGCCGCAGUAGCAAGAGCCUUAAUGACCGCUCUAAGUGCUCACCAUGUCGGGAAGUUCAAGCUGCUGGACCAGGACCGGGACAUCCGUGAGCCCGUGCAGUAUUUCAACAGCGUGGAGGAGGUGGCCAGCAUCUUCCCAGACCGCAUCUUCGUCAUGGAGGCCAUCACCUUCAGUGUGAAGGUGGUGUCGGGGGAGUUCAGCGAGGACAGCGAGGUGUACAACUUCACUCUGAACGCUGGGGACGAGCUGACGCUGAUGGGCCAAGCGGAGAUCCUCUGCGCCAAGACAGUGAAGGAGAAGUCGCGCUUCAACACCAUCCUGCGGAAGCUGGGCAAGGCGGCGCCGGCAGCGGGCGCCAGGCAGGUGAAGGGCAAGAUGCCCUGCCUGAUCUGCAUGAACCACCGUACCAACGAGAGCCUCAGCCUGCCCUUCCAGUGCAAAGGCCGCUUCAGCACACGCAGCCCGCUGGAGCUGCGCCUGCAGGAGGGCGAGCACACCAUCCGCAGCAUCAUCGAGAAGGUGCGGCUGCCCGUCAACGUGGCCGUGCCCAGCCGCCCCGCACGCAACCCCUACGACCUGCACGCCAUCCGCGAGGGGCACUGCUACAAGCUGGUCAGCAUCAUCUCCAAGACCGUGGUGCUCUGCUGCAUCCUCCGCCGGGACGAGCUGGUCCCUUUCCACUUCCUCCUGCUCACCGACAUGCCCCGCUUCCAGCUGCCCGAGGGGCUGCUCGCUGGGGACCCGCAGCUGGAGAAGCUGCUGCGGGACAGCGCCGCCUAUUGCCACGACCGCUUCAACCCCGACGAGUACUCGCGGGCCGUGCGGGAGGCCAAGCCCGACCUCCUGGAGGAGUGCGCCAGCCCCCGGCGCCUCCGGCUCUACCUGCCCGCCUGCACCCGCGAGGAGCUCAGCCAGCCCCUGCAGCGCCUCUCCCUCUGCUCCUGCAGCCCCGCGGGGCCAAGGGAGCCCAGCGCCCGCUGCCAGGGACCGCGCGGCAUCGCGGGGGGCACCCCCCGCCCGCCGCUGCCCGACUUCCCCGACCCCGACCGGGAAUACAUGACCCCCGACUGGGCUGAGCCCGAGUUCAGGACUCAGGAGCCGCUGGAGAUCCCCUACGAGGAGCUCUGGAGCAACCCCAGCCUGGAGGGCUGCUGUGAGCCGGGCAGCGCUGCCGGCCGCCAGGACCUUGUCUCCUUCGGGGUUGUGGCCCCGCUGGGGGCCCUGCACCGCCCCAGUGUGCCCGGGGACGAGCCCCGCGGGGGUAGCCCGCCCCCCGUGCCACCCAAGUCGGAGGCGGUGAAGGAGGAAUGUCGGCUGCUGAACGCUCCCCCUGUGCCACCCAGGGGCGGCCGCCCCCCGGCACCCUGCAGCCCCCCGGCUGCCCUGCGCUGCUCGAAGCUGGCACCCACUCCCUCACCCAGCCCCAGCCUCUCCUACUAUUCCUCGGGGCUCCACGACGGCAGGUCGGUCCCUCGGAGCGGCAGCGGCUCACCCUCACCCGACGCCUAUUCCCUCUACUGCUACCCCUGCACGUGGGGCGACUGCAAGGCCGGAGAGGCCACUGGGCGCCCGCUGCCCCCUGCCACGUUGCCCCCUACCACCCAAACCUCCUGGUCGGACCCCUGGGCGUACGCUGAGCCAGGCGCUGGGGUGGGCGGCAGCUGCUCGACCCCGCUGUCAGGGGCUGAGCCCCCCCUGAAGCCCUAUCGCAGCUGCCCCCGCCUCAAGCCCCCGCACCCCCAAAAGCGCUUUGCUCCCUUUGGGGCACUCAACCCCUUUGCCAGCCCAGCUGAAUGGCCAGAGAGCCCCGAGUGGCCCAAGCCGCCUUCAGCCCCGGCUGCUCCAUCCUCCUCCUCCUCACCAGAGCCCUUUGCGCCCAUCGAGGAACCAGUGCCCCCCCCUCGCCCACCCAAGGGCUUCGAUGGGGACAGCAUCGUCAUCCACGGGGCGGCCCCACUCUCUCCCGCUGUCCUGCGUGGGGCCGAAGGCAGUGUCACCCACCUCUACCUGGCUCAGGGUGUCAUCGAGGUGCCACCAGCGGCGCGGGGCGAUGGGGGGGCCCCUCCGGCUGCUUCCCGGCCCAGUGGGGACAGCUCGCCCUGGCUGCCCCCCGCUGACCUCUCGGCUCUCUCGCUGGAGGAGGUAUCCAAGUGCCUGCGCUUCAUCGGCCUCUCCGAGGACGUGGUCAGCUUCUUUGCCCGCGAGCGCAUCGAUGGGAGCAUCUUCGUGCAGCUCAGCGAGGAGAUCCUGGCCGAUGACUUCCGCCUCACCAAGCUCCAGGUGAAGAAGAUCAUGCAGUUCAUCAAAGGCUGGCGCCCCAAGAUCUAGCCACACGCUGGGGACACCCUGGGCAGCCACCCCGUCCAUGGGUCUUGAUGUCCCCACUCCUGUCCCCUGCCGCGCUCCACCAGUGCCCACCGGCUGUGGGUAUCCCGGCAGCUUGGCCCCAUCACCCGGCCCUCCCCUUUUCUGUUUUAACACUGGACAGUAAUUUUGGCCCCAAUGGGCUGGAAAAUACUGGAGUUUGCUUUGACUGGUUUAACUUAAUCCUUGUGGAUUAGUGUAAUAAAGGUACGGGAGAAAAAUGA